AUGGCUUCGCUUGGUGAUAUAGGACUUGCAGCAGCAAUAAACAUUCUUACUGCUUUUGCUUUCUUACUGGCAUUUGCCAUUCUUCGUAUCCAACCUAUAAAUGAUAGGGUGUAUUUUCCAAAAUGGUAUCUGAAGGGUUUGAGAUGCAGUCCAUUGCAAGGAGGGGCGUUUGUGAGCAAGUUUGUCAAUAUAGACUUCAAGUCAUAUAUAAGGUUCUUGAACUGGAUGCCUGCAGCUUUGCAAAUGCCAGAACCUGAACUAAUUGACCAUGCAGGCUUGGAUUCUGCUGUUUACUUGAGGAUCUACUUGCUUGGGCUGAAAAUAUUUGUCCCCAUUGCUUUCCUAGCAUUUUCUGUCAUGGUUCCUGUCAAUUGGACCAAUCAUACCUUGGAGCGUUCAAAUGUGGCUUAUACUAGCAUAGAUAAGCUUUCAAUUUCAAACAUUCCAACAGGAUCAAAUAGAUUUUGGACUCAUUUGGCAAUGGCUUACGUUUUCACCUUCUGGACAUGUUAUAUCUUGAAAAGGGAGUAUCAGAUAGUUGCAACAAUGAGAUUGCAUUUUCUUGCAUCAGAACGACGCCGUCCUGAUCAAUUUACAGUACUUGUUAGGAAUGUACCGCCUGAUCCUGAUGAAUCAGUCAAUGAGCUAGUGGAACAUUUCUUUUUGGUCAACCAUCCAGAUAACUAUCUCACACAUCAGGUUGUCUACGAUGCAAAGAAACUUUCUAGUCUAGUUGCUAAGAAGAAGAAAAAGCAGAAUUGGCUUGACUACUAUGAACUUAAAUAUUCUAGAAAUCAAUCUACAAGGCCAUAUAAAAAGACUGGUUUUUUAGGUCUUUGUGGUAGUAAAGUGGAUGCGAUUGAAUUCUAUACUGCUGAAGUCGAGAGACUAUCAAAAGAAAUAGAAUUGGAGAGAGUUAAGGUCAUGAAGAAUUCUAAAUCUGUAAUGCCAGCAGCUUUUGUUUCCUUCCGAACUCGUUGGGGUGCUGCUGUUUGUGCACAAACUCAACAAUCCAGAAAUCCAACUACAUGGUUGACUGAGUGGGCUCCAGAACCUCGUGAUGUGUAUUGGGAUAACAUGGCAAUACCAUAUGUUUCACUCACAAUAAGGAGGCUUAUAAUUGCUGUUGCUUUCUUCUUUCUGACAUUCUUUUUCAUGAUUCCCAUUGCAUUGGUACAAUCACUUGCUAACAUUGAAGACAUUGAAAAAGCAGCACCUUUCCUAAAGUCCUUUAUUGAAAUAAAAUUCAUAAAGUCUUUUAUACAAGGUUUCCUUCCUGGGAUUGCUUUGAAGAUAUUCCUCAUUUUUCUUCCAACAAUAUUGAUGAUAAUGUCCAAGUUUGAAGGGAUUAUAAGCCUGUCUUCUCUAGAAAGGAGAUCAGCCACAAGAUAUUAUAUCUUCCAGUUCAUUAAUGUAUUUCUCGGGAGCAUAAUUACUGGGACUGCGUUCCAACAACUUGAUAAAUUUAUCCACCAGUCUGCAAAUGAAAUUCCAAAAACAAUUGGGAUCUCAAUUCCAAUGAAAGCAACUUUCUUCAUAACUUACAUAAUGGUAGAUGGGUGGGCUGGAUGUGCUGCUGAGAUUUUAAGAUUGAAGCCAUUGAUAUUUUAUCACUUAAAAAAUUUCUUGUUAGUGAAGACUGAAAAGGACCGUGAAGAAGCAAUGGAUCCUGGGACUUUAGGUUUCAAUACAGGCGAACCACAAAUACAACUUUAUUUCUUACUUGGCCUUGUGUACGCUGUGGUCACACCAUUUCUACUUCCAUACAUCAUAGUGUUCUUUGGUUUGGCAUAUGUUGUCUACCGUCAUCAGAUUAUAAAUGUCUACAACCAAGAGUAUGAGAGUGCUGCUGCAUUCUGGCCUGAUGUCCAUGGGCGUAUUAUAUUUGCGUUGGUGAUCUCACAGCUGCUGUUAAUGGGAUUAUUGAGUACGAAAGAAGCUGCUAAUUCAACUCCAUUGCUCAUCACUCUCCCAGUUUUGACCAUAUGGUUCCAUCUGUUUUGCAAGGGACGAUAUGAACCUGCUUUUAUUAGACAUCCAUUACAGUCUUUAAGGGUGAUGAAGACACCGACAGUGAAGUAAUGAGUGAAAAGUGGGAGGAGGAGC